AGCACCCAAAUCUGCAUGGAGUAAUGUACGCGCACAUUUGUCAAAAGAUCUAAAGCGACUAGACUUACGUCUGAGGUAGCUUCACAGAGAAAUUGAGGCUAGAAACCUUGUUUCAGCUAUGAAAUCAAAUGCUGAGCUUUUGCAGCUGUAUGAAGAGCAUUUUGCAAACUCAUCGCCCUUGACUGCCUCCAUGCGCUGUCAUACUAUACCAUUCAUACGAAAUCCGAGCUUCUUUGGCCGAAAAGAUAUAUUAGAUAUGAUUGAUAAAUCUUUUCGUGAACAACCAAUCCGUCCUACUUCAAUGGCUCUCUGGGGAGCUGCUGGUAUCGGCAAAACUCAGAUUGCAUUAGAGUAUUCAAAUAGGCUUUGGUCGGAGGGAUUCAAUGUCAUUAUCUGGAUCUCAAGUGAGACAAAUGCCGAAAGAGCAAAAUCUUACAGUGACGCGGCCAGGCAACUCCAAUUCAGCGAAUUUUCCGAGAUCAAUACCCCAGAGAAAAACCAACACUUAGUCUUUCAGUGGCUCCAACGAACAGAUAUGCCAUGGCUUCUUGUAUUUGACAAUGUGGAAGGCCAGGCCGACUUACAAAGCUAUUGGCCCCCAGUUAGCCAAGGCAGGAUCCUUAUUACUUGUCGUAGUGAAAUUCUUGCAGGUUCAGAAGUCAUCGCACGGUCUUUCGAAGUUCCACCCUUCACAUUGUCGGAGAGUACAGAAAUGAUUCUCCGAAUCACUGAGCAAUGUGAAGCACCAGAGACAGAAGUCCAGGCAGCAAGGGAGGUUUCUGGUGAGCUUGGCGGCCUGGCAUUAGCCAUUGACAUUACGGCAAAACAUAUUAAACACUCUCGUCGUUUCAAAUCUGUCCGGGAUUUUAUUCCGUAUUUGCGACGUAAUCCAAAAGCGGGAUAUACACGACCGAAGCGCUCUAAAGGGCAAGAGGACUACUGGUACCCACACGACCUUGACAACAUUUGGCGUAUAGCUUUUCAAAACCUGAGUCCAUAUGCUGCGGUAUUGAUGAAUUUAAUUUGCAUCUUAGGCCCUGAAUCUAUUCCACAGUACCUCUUCCAACCGAGAGAAACGAUUGAAGAUGCCAAGGACGAGCUACUUGAAGCGUCUCUUGUUAGAAUCAACUCCGAGAUAGGGUUGAUGUCCGUCCAUCGUCUCUUACAGCAUGCAUACUUCCUAGACAUGUCGACAGCAGCCCGUAAGAUAUCUAUUCAUAAUGUUUUGGUAUUAUUGAGAUCCUACUUUCCCACAUAUGAUGGGGCAAACCAUCUUUAUUCGCAAUGGAACCGUUGUGCUGCACUUCAUCACCAUAUUCAGGCCCUCAGAGACAAGGUGGUUGCCUUGAAUUCCACAGAGCCAAUGGACGAUGGUGACCAAGGGUUGUAUGCUGAGCUCAUUCAUGAUGACAUUUGGUAUAUGAUCGAGAUUCAGCAUUUUUUGGAUGCCGAGCGUUCCCUCUUGUCUCUCUUGGAGAACGCGGAGGAUGAUUCCGUAUUCGCUACCAAAGUUCACCGAAGCCUUCUAGGACUUUAUGAGAGAACUGGCCGCAGCAUUCGUGCUAAGAGUUCUGCCUCCUUGAAGUUCGAGAUUGUUGGAAGAUAUUCUCAGGAUGCGGGCAACGAUGUUGCUAAUACCUGGAGCAAUAUGGGUUACACAAGAGCCAUCUCAAUGGCCAAGGAUGUACCUGAGCCAAAGCGCUGGCGACAGUUCAACAUUGACCGCUUCUUGCGCAACAGAGGGCGUGCAAACGAGCAACUGCGGCGUUUCGAAGACGCCUUACGUGACUUUGAUGAGGCGGAGUACUAUCAGGAGAAAAUCCAUGGACCAGGCAGUCAUUAUGAUGGAGAAACCCAAUAUGAGCGUGCCAAAAUUGAAGCUUGGCGUGACAAUCUUGAGAAAGCAUACUCACUCGCCACAAAAGCUCAUCAUCUGGUAUCUGCAGGCAAACCUACACACGCGAGUGUAAUGGCAGCGCAGUACCGCCUGGGAUGGAUUGCUAUGCUCCAAGGGGAAAAUGUUCUUGCGUUGCAGCACUUGGAGAAAUCGCUGGUCAUUUCAAGGAUCAAUGAGCAGCACAGAGGGAACUCGGGCGAGUCGGCCAGGAUUCAAUGGCGUAUGUCACAGGUCUUGGAGCGCAUGGGCAGAGAAGAAGAUGCCAUGCCUCUUCGGGAGGCGGCUGUAAAGGUCAAAGCUAGUCUGCUUGCUACCGGGGACUACGCCCAAGUUGAAGACGAAGACAGUUCCUGGGAUGCACUGGUCGGCUUACUAUAUCGUUGAGGAGGCUGCAAAGUCAGUUUUGGUCGGCAG